AUGGCGCAUUGUAAAGCCCGGUUUCAAGCUCCCAAGCUGCAGCCUCCCUCGCUCCCCGCCGUUAGUAACCCUUCCCCUUCCGCCGUCGCUUCCCCUUGUGACGUGCCUCUUCCCCCUGCCGCCACUUCCGCCGUAAAAAACGCCGCGGAACCCGUGCUGAUCGUGGACAAAUGGCGGGCUGUGAUUCGCUGCUUCAGUCAGGGCACUGGCGACGCGCUCGGGUGCUCCGCGGAGAAUCUGGCGGACGGCGCAAUUAUUUACGACUUGGCGGAAGGAAUGGAAGCAGCUGAUUGGACGAAUGCCGUGGGAUCCCUGUCGCUCGGCGCGCUGUGGUCCGCCAUCGAAUUUUGGCUUCGUCAACCCGAAUUCUCUGGCCCGCUCAGUCGCCAUCGCGUUCGCCUCACUCUCCAGCGACUCCGUGCAACGUCAAGCGAACGUUUCCUGCUUGCGACGCUGUCGCCCGCCGUCGGAGUGUGCUCGUCCGUCGAGGUCUUCGCGGGCGACACGGAAUCCGCAGCGAACGGCCACCUCACUCUGCCGCAUCUCCGCCAUCUCCUCGCUUCGGCGCAACUUUCCGCUCCGCCAACCCCAACCGGCCGCGCAGAGGCGACGAAGGGUGCGUCGAGCAAAGAUUCGACGCGCAGCCUACGGCCUCCGCAGGCGACGGUGCGAACCAGUGCGAGCCGAGGCGAAAUACUCGAUCCACCUCAAUCCCCUCCCCCGACUUAA